AAUUGUACAACAUCUCUAAACGUUGGAAAGUCAGUUACUUUCCUUUUUCUUUUCACGCGAAAUACCACUGAGUUUCAACUCACCAAAUCACUUAACCUAUUCUCCUGAAAUUUGUGUCUUUGCAGCAGAUUACAGCUUUUUUGUCACUUUCUACAGCAGAAACUCUUCAUUAACAGCGUACUCUAAUAAGAAUAAGGAAUAUGGAUAAGAGAAAGUCAACCACAACCGUCAAUAAAAAUAGAUCAUCAGCCAUUCCAAAUUCAACAGGACCUACCAUCGUUGGAACAAGAGCAUCGAUGGCGCGUGCAAAAGCGAUCAAUGCUCAUUUGCGAUCGCAGUCCAACAGCACAAGCACUGCUCGCAAAAGAAGGCGCGAAGGAGUUGAAUCUUCUGAUCAAGUAUUAAAGCGAAAGACCCAAGAACUGAAUCAAAAGCCAGCAUGGGAUCUGAGGGGCAGAAUUGAUGAUAUGACAAAUUUAUACGAACUAAACAUGAAGACUUUGGCAGAGUUGAAGAAGUUCAAACAAGAAUUUGAUAUCAUUAAGGAUGAAAAGGAAACCGAAGAAAAGCGAGCAUUUCAACAAGUGGCAUCUUUGAAAGCCGAGCUACUGGAAAUGGAUAGACAGCAUGAAAGAAAAAUAGUAGAGAUCAAAGCGGCCCAACGUGUGGAAAAACAAAAAAUAGAAGAUGAAGAAUUCAACCAUUCAAGACGAUUGCAUUCAAUGAAAGUCGAGGCAGAAACUUUAACAGAACAACUAGAGCGAGAAGAAGAGAAAGUGAAAACUAUACAGGAGAAGAAUCAUAAACUCAGGCAAUCAAUCGAAAAAUUAGAGAAUAAAGUGCAAAACUUUACUGAGGAGGAUAAGCAGCUAACAGAAGAGUUAGAGCAUUUAGAGCGGGUACUAGAAGAAAAGAAUAAGCAGAUUUCAGAGCGAACAAAGAUAUUGGAGUCAAAGAAAAAAUAUAUGGCAGAAAUAGAUAAAAAAUUGACGGAAUCAAAUACAGAUAGAGAAAGAUUAAGAAAAAAGAUAGCAGAACUGGAAGCAAAAAAGAGGAGGUAAACCACAGCGCUGUUCCAGUUUUACUUUCAUAAUUACAAAGUAUGCUUCUAGUUCAAAUAACAACGAUUACUUUGGUCAAACAUAGGGAGGCCAAGCUGAAUUAUCAACGAAGACAUCAACAGCAACAAAAAAAAUAAUCAAGAAAACCCUCAUAAUAACAAUGAAAGCCAUUAUUUAUUUACAGUUCAAGAAAAAAAAAAUUGAUUGUAUCACUUCUUCAUAAAGACGCGUUACUGAUGAAAAUGUUACAAUGAAGUAGUCAGUUUUCAGUUCUUGAAGCAUUUCCGAGAAAACUACCA